UCACCAGCACACCUGUGCGACACUGCCUGGAAAAAUCGAGGAGAGGGCAAGGAAAAGCACCCAGAGUUGCGGAGUCUGGCGUUCGGGCAGCAGUCUGACCGAUCCCAGAACGAAGGACAAGUACCACCUCCCUACACCCGCAAGUCGCCAACGAUGUGCUUCAAAGCCAAGUGCCUGAACUGUGGAAAGUGGACGUGGAAGGGCUGCGGCAAGCAUAUCGACUCGGUCAUGACCCAGAUCCCCGCCGCCGAGCAGUGCCACUGCUCGCCAGAGGCGCGAAAGCCCGAGUGA